AUGUAUGAUGCAACUAUUAAUGUGCUUGAAAAUAUUAUCAAAGAUGGUUCCUCUAUUUCGAUGCGUGGGGAAGCUGGUGGAUCUUUAAUAGUGAUGAAGUCUUUUGAUUUCAUUUUUACUUUGCACUUAAUGCAUAAAAUUAUGGGGAUCACAAAUUUGCUUAGUCGUGACUUACAAAGAAAGUCUAUUGAUAUAUUAAAUGCAAUGAAUUUGGUAUCUUUUACUAAAGCACUUCUCUUGAAAUUAAGAAAUGAUGGGUUUGAUAUUCUUCUUUCGAAUGUCAUAUCAUUUUGCACAAGAUUAGAUGUUGAUAUACCAGAGAUGAGUGCUCGUUAUAAGAAAUAUAGUCGUUCAUGUGGACAAAAUGAUACCAUCACAGUUGAGCAUCACUUUCAUUAUGAUAUAUUCAAUGUUGCAAUAGAUUUUCAGUUGGAAGAGUUAAACUUCAGAUUCAGUGAUGAUACAGUCGAACUUCUUUCGCUUAGUUCUACUUUGGACCCAAAUGAUAAAUUUAAAAACUUCAACAUCGACAAAAUUUUGACUAUCGCUAAGAAGUAUUAUCCUGAGGAUUUCACCAAACAAGAAAUGCAUCAUUUGAGGAGUCAACUACAACAUUUUGAGAUUGAUAUAACCUGUGCUGCAAAUGGAAAUACUCGCCCCAGAUGUGCUCGUAUUCAACCAUUGAUCUCCGUCUCUAAGGUGAAAGACUUUCCUUUCAAUCGGUAUUCAUGGCUGACAACUCACAAUUCUUUCACACUGUCCAGAGUGAAAUCCGCGACGGGAUCUCUCAUCAUAACAAUGACGAACCAAGAAGACUCGGUCACUAGUCAACUCAAGGUAAAGUCGACCAAAGUGAAGGGAAUUAGCCUUCUAAUUCUUCAUUCUUGGAAGAUGGAAAUUGGAGGGUAUUUUCAGGGGUACAUGAACUGGCAUGGCAAGAGAAUGAUAGUUUUGAUUUAG